AUGCAAGUGCUGGCUACGAUUGUCCUGACGGUGUCGGUGUGCGCCGGUGCGAUCCUGGGUGCGCCCGUCGACGUGGAACAGCCCCGAACGGCCCUGGCCGGCGCCGACAAGCGACAGGAAAAACGGGGCAUCGGUCUUGCCUACACCGGCCUGUCCGGGUUCGGGUACGACGGAUCGCUCGGGUUGGCCGCCUAUCCCGCCACCACGGCCUACCUCACGCCGACGCUGAUCAAAUCAACCUACACCGUACCGGCGGCAGCUUCCUACCAUACGGCGGCCUAUGAUGCGGCGCACGGCACAAAGUACGCGUACACCGGGUUCUAUCCCGCCGGCUAUGGAGGCUUCGGUACGGCCGGCUACGGUACGGCGUUCGCGGCCCCGGCCACCUACAGCAAAAUCGUCCACCCGGCCACCAGCACCUACACCAAGGUGAUCCAGACGUACCCGUCGGCCACGGUCGGGGUGGUGUCGGCGGGCGCAGCGGCCCCGGUCGUGUCCGGAUACGGCGGAGUCGGCAGUCUCGGUGGCUACGUGUACUAG